AAAAAUGAGAUGGACAUCAAUAUUUUUCCGCAACGCUAGAGAACCCCAAAAUGAAAACAAAGUACCUUUUAAGGCAAUGCUGCCAUUAAAACUAAGAGAUCGUGUAUCCUCAAAAAAUCAGAAAGUAACGGACCGUGGAUGUUUGCACGAGACAGUCCUGCUUUUAACGUGUCUUGAAGAGAACGAGUUUCAGGAUAAAAGAUGUAUCCCGCAAUUUAAAGCAUUGGAUCAAUGUUAUAAGACCUACAUGAAAAAUGUAGAGCGUACACAAAUUGAACACGAACAAGAUGUACCUAUACCUAACAGUAAGAAUCUUACACAUAAGCAAAUCACAUACCUUUUACGAAGAAAUCCAACAAAAUAGUUUGUCAUUUCUCAUUUUAAUGGAGAUCAUCCUUAGUAGGCAUAUAUAAAUGCAUAAAAAGAAAUAAAUAUUUAUAAAAAUAUAUAUCAUUCGAUUAUAUCAUAAAUUAUUAUCCAAUAAAAAUUAUUUUCUUGGUGAAGUCUUUAAUUAUUAAGAUAAUUAUUUGGCUUUUUUAAUGUCAGUGAUAUCUUCUUGUAUAUUAGAAACAGCGUGCAAACGUCUUAAUGCGAGCCGCGUGGAAUAACCUAAAUGUAAUAGAAUCUAUUAUGCAAUUUUAUUUAGAUUAUAUAAAAUGGUUAUAUUUUAAGUACUUACGAAUUGGUUCAAUACUGUUGGAGAUAUUUACAGUCUUUUCUAUGACAUUUAACUGUUGUUCAAUUCUUUGUAAAGUCUUAUAAUUCUCCAAAUGUUUGUCUUUGUAAUAAUAAUAUUUACAGAAUAAUGUUAUGGUACAAAGUGUUAAGGCAAUUUUUCUACACAACCAUGUUGUACUUAACAAUUGUACCUGUAAAAAAGAUGUUGUAGCACUUUUUUGAUGAAAAGAUUUAUUCUGAAA